AUGACUGACAUCAACACAGAGCUUUGCCCGGUCUACGCGCCGUUCUUCGGUGCCAUGGGCUGCACCGCCGCCAUUGUCUUCGCCUGCUUUGGCGCCUCGUACGGCACGGCCAAGUCCGGCGUCGGUCUCUCCGCCAUGGGUGUCCUGCGACCAGAUCUGCUCAUCAAGUGUAGCAUUCCCAUCAUCAUGGCUGGUAUCAUUGCUAUCUAUGGCUUGGUCGUUAGUGUGCUCAUCUCCUCGGACAUCAGGUCACCGAUGCCUCUGUACACCGGCUUCAUCCAGCUCGGCGCCGGUCUGUCUGUCGGCCUCGCCGGUCUCGCCGCCGGGUUCGCCAUCGGCAUUGUCGGUGAUGCGGGUGUCCGCGGCACGGCGCAGCAGCCGAGGCUGUUCAUCGGCAUGGUUCUCAUCCUGAUUUUCGCCGAGGUGCUCGGUCUGUAUGGCCUUAUUGUCGCGCUUAUCCUCAACACCAGGAGCAGCGAACACCCUGGGUGCUAA